AUGUACAUAAAACAAAUUAAAUUAAAAGGUUUUCGAACGUACAAAAAUGAAACAACAAUUGAUUUUACCAGAGGGAUCAACUGUAUAGUUGGAUUUAACGGGUCAGGGAAAAGCAAUAUUUUACUAGCCAUCGAAUUUAUAUUAAGUGAUGUAUGUGAGUACAAACAAAUAUAUUUACAUGAAGGUAUUGGGAAUGCAGUUCGCAAUUGUUAUGUGGAAAUAAUUUUUGAUAAUUCUGAGAAAUAUUUUAGUAUGUUUAAAGAAAGUGAAAUUAAGAUAAAAAAAGUGUUAGAAAAUAUGAAAUGUGAAAUAUUUGUUAAUGAUAAGAAUAUUAGUAAAAAUCAAUAUGUGGAAUUAUUGGAAAGUUGCGGUUUGUGUAUUAAUAAUUUAUAUAAUAUAAUUAAACAAGGACAAAUAAUAAAAUUAAGUAAUAUGAAAGAUGAAGAGAUAUUAAACUAUUUAAAAAGUAUAUUAGGUGCUAAAAUUUUUGAAGAAAAGAAAAAAGACGCCUUGUCUAUGUUAAAAGAAUGUGAUUCUAAAAAAGAUACUAUUGAAAAAGAAUUUAAUGAAAUGAAUAGUAAAUUAGAAAGUUUACAAGAAGAAUUUGAGAACUUUUUAGAAUAUAAAAAAUUAGAAAAAGAAAAAGUUCAUUUAGAUUAUUUUCUUAAUGAAAUAAAUUAUAAAAAUAUUUAUGAAGAAACACAAACAUUAAAAUCCAAAUUUCAAGAAUUGAAAAAUAAAACACAAGAUGAAGACAACCAUUUAAAUUUAAGUAAUAAUAAUAAAUCAGAAUGUAAUGAAAAACUAAAUAAAAUGAAAUUAGAAAUUUCUUCAUGUCAAAAUCAUCUAAAUAAAACUAUAUCAGAAGAUAUACAAAAUAAAAGAAAUAUUGUACAUUUGCAAAUGUUAAUUGAUGAAAAAAUUAAAGAAAAAAAUAUAAAAGAAUCACAAAAUAAAAACAAAAUUAAAAAUAUUAAUCAAAUUAAUGAAUUUAUUCUAAGAGUAAAUGAAAAACUCCAAAGUCUCAAAACUGAUAUAGUUUCUAAGGAAAAACAGAUAGAAAAUAAAAAUAACGAAAUAAAUAUGCUUUUAUCAAAAAAUAAGAAUAAAAAUACAGAUGCAAAUUACUCCCACAAUGUGAAAAAAAUAGAAAAGAUGAUAAAUGAUAUCAAUAUAGAGCUUUCUUUUUUGGAAAAAGAGACUAUUAAAAAUGAAAAGUAUUUGAAAGAAUUAGAAGAGGAAUCAAAUAUGUUAAAGAAAAGUAUAAAAGAAAACGAAACGUUAUCAGAAAAAUAUGGAAAUGAAAUAAAUGAAUUAAACAAUAAAUCUGAAAAAUGUGUUGAACAAAAAAGACAAUGUCAACAAAAAAUAUCAGAAGGGACAACAAAUUUAAAUGAAAUAAAAUGCCAAAUUAUUGAAGUUAAUGAUAAGUACGAUGAAAUAAUAAAAAGUUCUAAUAAGGAAAUUUUGAAAAUUGUGGAACUUAUAAUGGCAGAGCAAAGCAUAAAGAGAGAAAACAUUUUAGGAUUUUUAAUAGACAAUAUAAAUGUUGAUAAAACGUAUGUUAAAGCUGUUGAUACAAUUUUGGAGAAUCACUAUUUUACUUUAAUUGUCGAAGAUAUGCAAACAGCCAAAAAAAUCGUUGAAUUUAUAGAAAAGAAGAAGGAAGAAAAAACAAGCAAAGAAUUUAAUUUUAAAGAAUUUUACUUUGGCAAAUUAACCAUAGUACCUUUAUUAAAUAUAAAAAAAUUUAAUGAAUUUAAUUAUCCUAAUGAUAAAAAUAUUGUUCCUUUAAUAAAAUGUGUAAAUUAUAAUAGCAAAAUAUAUGAAUUCUUAAAAAAUAUUUUAUUUAAAACGAUUAUUGUUAAAUCGUUGGAAUCUUGUGAGAAUUAUUUGGAAGAUAAUUAUAACUGUGUGAAUAUUGAUGGAGAUUAUUUAAGCAAACAUGGUUUUAUGUACGGUGGGUAUAAUAAAAAAAAAUAUGGUAUAUAUACAGUUUAUAAUAAAUUAAAGGAAUUAAAGGAAGAAGAGAAAAAAGAGAAGAAUAAUAUAGAAGAAUUAAAUAACAAUAUUGAAAAAAUUGAUGACGAAUUAAGAAAUAUUUAUGACACGAAAUCAAGUACUGUAGCUAAAAAAAAUGGAUGUGCAAGCACAAUUAAUUCAAUAAAUAAUAAUAUUUAUUCAAAUGAAGAAAAUAUCAGAUUGACAAGUGAAAAAAUUAAUUAUAUACAAGAGAAAAAACAAAAUCUUGAACAACAUAAAGAUCAACUGAAAAUGCAAAUAUUACAAUUACGAAAUAAUAAUGUCAAUCCUGAUGAAUCAGAGAAAGUCGGAACAACUGAUAUUAAUACUUUAAAUGAUGAAGUGAAAAAAUUAAAAGAAGAAUUAAAUAAAAUUAGAAAUGAAUAUGAUGAUUUUAAAAACAAAUUGGAAUUAUUAUAUCAAAAAAGAAAUGAGAAUGAUUCGAGUAUAUAUAUGGAGGAAUAUGAGGACGUAGACAUUGAUGAAUAUAACAAGGAGUUGGCUGAUAAAAAAGACUACAGUGACAAGAUUGAGAAAGAAAAAAUACAUUAUGAGCAAAAAAUAAGGGAGAUUAAUAAAGAAAUGGAAAAUGUGAAAUCUAGCAUAGAUAAAAUUCUAAUAAACGAGAAGAAACAUAAGAAGAAAAUUUUGGAUUUAUGCCAUCAAAUGAAUCAAAUGAAUGAGGAACUUCGCAUUUUAGAGGGAAAAGAAGAGAAUAUAAGAAAAAAGAAAGUGUUGUUACCUCAAGGAAUACAAGAAUUAGAAGAAUAUAGAACUUAUGAUAAACAACAAUUAUCUGCAAAGUUGAAAUCUGUAACAAUGGAAUUGAAAAAAUACUCCAACGUCAAUGAAAAGGCAGGAGAUAGAUUGAAUAUUCUUAUGAAUGAUUUUAAUGAAUUAAAAAAACGUCAUGAAGAAAUAAAUAGUUCCCACAAAAAUAUUAAGGAUAUGAUACAACAUAUCGGAAAGAAAAAAGAUGAAGCUUUAGAAGCUACCUAUGUAAAAAUCAAUAAAUAUUUUUCUGAGUAUUUUUCCUUGCUUUUUAAAAAUAGGAAAGCUAGUUUGGUUUUAAAAAAAAUGAACGAAAAGGAAUAUAAAGAGAAAUUACAAGAAAUGAGUGAAAAAAGGAUUAAGAGAAGAAUUAUUGAUGAAGAAGUAUAUAUUGAUAAAAUAACUGGAAUAUCAAUAAAUAUUACUUCAAAUGAUGAUGAAAAAAUGAAUUAUACGAUUCAAGAAUUGUCUGGUGGAGAAAGAAGUAUCGUUGCUAUAUGUUUAUUUCUAUGUCUGAACAAAAUUGAUAAUUUUUCUUUUUUCUUUUUUGAUGAAAUUGAUGCUGCUUUAGACACAAUUCACAGAGAUAAUUUAUCACUAUUAUUAAAAGAGUUAGCUCAAAGAGGAACACAAUUCAUUAUUACAACAUUCAGAAAAGAGUUAUUGGAAUAUUCCGAUAAUAUGUAUAUCGUUAAAAUAGUAGAUAGAGAGAGUUAUAUAAGUAAAGGAACAAAGAAUGAGGCCCACGAAAUUAUUAGCAUUGAGGAAAAACAUGCCAUAGAAAAUUAG